AUGACCCGAUUGGGGAGAUUUAAUUACAGAAAUAGUAACGAAGGAUCGAUUCCACUAUUGUUCUAUCAUAAUCCAGGGUAUAUGAAUGUUAGUGGGGAUAACCUAGUGAAUCCAUGGACUCGGGUGAUCCAGGAGGCGGAAAUUCAGGGACUGAAUGCAGCUUUGGUGGUGAUUUCUGAUGAGUUAGAUAUUGAUUUGGGGAAAAUUAAAAUUAGAAAGCAGAAUGCUUCAGCUCGAGGACAUAAUGGAUUAAAAUCCAUUCAGAAUGUGAUAGGUAAGGGUUAUAGUAGUAUUAAGAUUGGAAUUGGAAGAGGCUCUGAAGGAGGUGAUAAGAGUAGUGAUUUGGUGGCAAAGUACGUGUUGAGUAAGUUUAAGCCAUCUGAGAAAGAGGUUUUAAAUAAUUUAGUGUUGGAACAGUUUGCCAAAGUCAUGAAGGAAAUGACUAAGGAGAGGUAUAUCUAUGAUGUUCAACGUUAG